UCUCAAAUAAAUAAGUAAAUAAAAUCUUUUUAAAAAAUUUUAAGAGCAACAUAAAAAUAGGAGCUUCUAUAUUUAGAAGGUAAGCAACAAAGAACCCCCAACUGACUAACAUAUUUAUUAGGCACCUACUGUGUGCAGGGGCCGCAGAUAGGCUGGGAGGUGUGAGGCCCUAGCUAGGCCGCUGGGCUCAAAGAGGACCUGGCCAGGGACGGGGGGAGGCUGCCACCCGAGCCUCGGGCGCACAGCGGUUGGGGCACACGGACGCCCAGCAGGCUUACCCAGAACAGCCCCCGGGUCUGCUCGCUUACUGGGACUACCGGGUCCCGAACGGUAAAUACUAAAACUCCAAGCCUCUUCUUCCUCCCACAGUGGAAACCCAGACCACGGCAGCUGCCCACGGGCCCUUGUGCCCACAGGACCUUAGUGACAGUGGAGUGUCCUGUCCCAAGGCCUUGGGGCCCUGACACCCGCCCUGUGACAGGCGCCUCUUGCUUCUUCCCGUGGCGCGGGGGGACGCGGCUGGUGUCCUGCAGCCUGGCCGGGCUCCUCGCUGUCCGGGUCCUGAAGGCGCAGCUGUGCCGGUCUGGGAAGUCGGGGCAGGGACCGCCUGCUGUUGGCGCAGACGCGUUUGCAGUGACCGCCCUGUCCGCAUGCCUCUGGCUGUCUUCACUCGUCGGGGAGUCCUCCCGUCGGAUCUCAGCCUGCGCCCCUUCCUGAGCGGGGGUGGGGGGGGACGUGGACCGUCUUGGUCUUGCCAGACUGUACCGGAGAUAAUUGCCUCCUCUUUCGGAAACCCUGCUUCCUGUGGCCCGGCACGCACACUCCCCAUGGCACAGAAUCGGCUCCCCGUGCCUCCGGCCUCUGCCGGCCAGUGCGGGGCCCAUGGGCAGGGGCUGGGGCCGUCAGCGCAGAACCCACCCCUGCCGGCACCCACACGGCGGGAGGGAGCCGGGGCCGGCUUUCCCAGCACCCACUUCCUGUGCCAUGGCCCGCCCUGCCCCUUCCCCCGAGCUCCCUGGUUGCUGGGUUUGACGGAUCCUUGGACACCCCGGGCAGGACCCCGCAGUCGGGGCCUCCUGUCCUCCUGCCUCCGCACCUGGCCACGCAAGGAAGCCCUUGAGCGGUUCCUCCACCCAGGAGGCCGGAGCGGACAGCCUGACUUCCCCAGCACGGGCCGGCCGGCAUCUGUGGACUCCCACAGCUGGACCCCGUGGCUCCCCGGAGCCCGGACAGCCUGCACAGCGCCCGAGCCUUCCACCUGCCUUCGCUCCUUCUGCGUCCGGGCCCAUCUGAGGCACCUCUUCCGCCUCCCGGAGCUGAGGAAAACGCCCCGGCAGACGUUCCGGCCGCGUCAGGCAGACGCCGUCCUGGGCGGCCGUGCCGCUUGGGGCAGAGGGCUGGAUUUUGUUUCGAAGGGAAGCCGGGUAGAGGCAAAAACAACGUUUCAGGAAACAAGGCCAUGUCCUGAGGCGGCCCUAGGAGUGCUGUGCUUGGCCCCCUGUGCCUCCAGGACCUGGGCGGUCAGGUCAGGAGCUGCAGUGACUGUCGGCUCGGCUCAAACACUCGCAGCUCGGAUUUUAUAUUUCCUUUCCUCCUUUGCUCCGAGCCAGGGCGCAGGCUCAGGGGCUGUGUGGGGCCCGGCUGCCUCUGCUCCCUGCGCUCCCCGCCGCUGCUGUGAACAGACUGACCUCGGGGUUGUGAGGUCUGGGGCCGCGACGCUGCCUGCCAGCAGCCCAGGCCACCCUGUCCGGACAGGCCCCGGCUCCCUUGCCCAGACGGGGUGUGCCUCCUCCCUGCCCCGUCCACAGCCACCUUGCCAUACGCACACCACGAGCCAUGAGGCCGGCUCGUCUCCUCUGCUACCCGGAUCUGCCCGUCCCUGCCCGUCCCCACCCCGUGCCCCCGACCCCGUCCCUGCCCGUCCACAGCCGUCCUCAGCGAGGUGCCGCUGAGACACUUUGCUCUCCGCUCCGUCCACGGAUCCUUGCUCACCACCAACAAGAGCUCAAUUUCUGGUUCCACACUCCCCCCUCUCCUGUCAGCUUUCUGCCGUUUGCACGUUGGACAGACGUGAUUUAUGUGUCUCCAUCUAUAACAAUACAUCCGACGGGGUCAGUACGGGCUCUGCCUUACCCAGGCCCCCCACGCGGACCCAGGUCUGGGCCGGGACAUUCGGUGGCCCGUGGAGAGCAAGGGCUUCACGUCCAGCCCUGCUAGGCCUUCCCGGGGACGUCAAGAUGCUCACCCAGUACUUGCAUGUGGACACGGGGAUGGAAGCCGCAGACGUGGACCCGGGAGGCUCCGUCCUCUGUCCCCCAUUGUCCGUAGAAGAGCCAGAGGUUAAGAAGGGGAAGCGAGUGACCCCAGGCUGCCAGCAGCGAGACCCGACCAGGAGGGAUCCCCAUGCCCGGGAGCCCUGGCAAAGAAACGUCACCGGCGGCACGGCUUUCCUCCACAAGUUUUAUUGGAGAAGCUUUAAAACAGUCAAGUAGAAAUGACCACUGGGCGGUGGCCUGCAAACCCACCACCCAGCUCCCGGCAAGUCUUAUGCCGAUUUUCCUCGUCAUGUUCGUGCUUUACCCAUUUUUUAGCUGAACUCUUUCAAAGUGAGCUUUAGGCAUCGUGACACUCACGUAAAUACUUCAGCCUGUGCCUCCUAAAAAUAAGGAUGUUCCAUUCUCCUACGUUCCUACAACCCUGUCGCUACAGCUAGAAGCUGAGUCUCUCGUUCUGGUCCAUCGCCCCACCGCGGGCACCUGCGGACGGCGGUGCGUGACCACGACGUAAUCAGGUGGAGCUUCCCUCCUGUGCGUCUUGUGAAAACAGCGCCUUUUGUUUUCUGACGUGACUCGUCCCUAAUGAAGCCACUCUCCCACUGACCACAUUCCCAUUCCGGCGUCGCUAACGGCCCGGCCGGUAGUCUGACCGUCCCGACGGGUCCGCGGGGCGCUCACCUGCUGUUUGCAGGCCUGCUGCCCCCCCACACUGGCCCCAUCCUGUUCGGGUCUCGCAGCCAAGCCCCAGGGCCCAGUGCGCCGUGGGCCUGAGAGCGGCCGCGCCAGUCUCCACAGCUCCAGUGGCCGCCGUGAACAUGAGCUGCGAGCGUGCUUCUGUGGCCUCCCCGGAAGACUCGUGAACGCCUGAGCCCGAUCACCGGACUGGAGUGAGCAGUUCCGCCGACCAUCCCUCAACCCCGUCUCUGCCCUUCCGGGUUUGGAAAGAGAUGGUCCAGGCAGAGCCGUAAUUGAUACAUUUUCUCCAAAUCGCCUGUUAACAUGGCUUCCUCUGCACCAGAGGCUUUGUACCUGGUGAGAUCUAUAGGUCUAAGCGAACGCAGCCGAAACGGCGGUCGGUCAUCCUCCUCUGUGUUUUCCGCCAUCAGCCCACGGAGGGCGUCAGCCUUCCCUGCACUCCUCCUACGAGGUCUGCGCCCUCGCGUGACCCCUUCCUUGGAUGGACGACCGCACGUGGCCUUCGAAAUCCCACACGUCCUGCUGCUCUGGGCAUCUGUCCCUUCGUUACCCGGGAUAUUUGCAGCCAUGCCUUCGGGGCCCGGAUGCCGAGCGAUCCCGUCUCUGGGGCUGGGCUCCCUUCUAGGAUCUCCGGAACAAAGUUCUCUCCCCCAGCCAGCGUUUUCUUUGUGGCACCCUGACACUCUAGGAUGAACUGGCCACGUUCCCCUCAAGGUUGCCUUGAGUUCAGCGAUGUUUUCCUCAUUAGAAGUCAGCGCGGAAGCAUCCGAGUGUGCAAGGCCUGGGGGUAAUAAUGUUGUCUCGGCGUCGCCAGUGGUCAGGGGACACUCUGUCCACCUGGGUCCCCUUCAGAUGUCAGGACCAUCCUCAAAGACGAUGGCUUGGGCCCACCGUCCACACCCCGAGGGGCUCUGGUCCCCCCCGGUCAGCAUGGGUGCAGGUGGGACUGUGCUCUGGGGGCAGCUGUGCUCCCCACACACCCAGCUCUGUUGUUCGAAUGUGUGUGACCGCCAGCCCCGGGGCUGUGGGAGCCGCACCCUCCGCCACCUGCGGCCGUGAAUCCCCUCGUCCCGGCCACGAGUGUGCCGUGGUUCCGCACACGAGCAGAGGGGCAUCCGUGGGCGCCGGCUGCAAGACUCAGAAGAAUCGUGCGGAUGGCGUGGCUGUGCUCGCGUGGCGUCCGCUCUCGUCACGGGUGUGCGUGCGGCCCCGUUCCCACGAGAUGCCGGCCGCACUGCCUCCCUCGGCUCUGCCCUCCGCAUCGGACGUGGCGCCCUGCGAGUGUGCUCGGCAGCCAGGGCCCCGACACCAGCGUGGGAAGAGCGCUCCUGCCACCCGCCGCGGCGGGCUACCCGCACGUCCCGGCAGGGCCAGCGCCCGCUCUCCCACUCGUGCUGGGCUCCAGGUGCGACCCCACGUCCUUCUGCCGAGCGCUCUCAGAGAAUCCGGAUUCUCUCCCGCUGCCAGCACCCCUUCCUGAUGGUCUUGCUGCGAGAGACGGGGAAAGUGCAUCAGAGAACACGCGACAAGCCUGGCAAGGGGAAGGCCAGUCAGUUGUGCAGAAGCUGUAGCGGGACGGAGACCCAACUCCCCGUGUGCGGCCCGCGGCGCCCCAGACCACAGGCCACAGCAGCGACAGCAGGCGGCAGUUCUCGGCCCCGGGGCCGACGUCGGAGGCUCUCAGGGAGCCCCUGCUCCAGGCUUGGCUCUGCGUCUCCCACAUUGUCUUCCUUCUGCGACCGCCUCUCCGUGUAAGGACACCAGACACUCCACGUGGGGCCCGAGGGCCCUGGGGUGGGGACGCCAGCAGACAAGGGUCACUCGGGUCAACACUUGAUCCCACAGGGGCUGGGUGGUCAGUGCAA